AUGGGCGCCUAUCUCUAUGGGCGCGUAUCUCUAGGGGCGCCUAUCUCUAUGGGCGCCUAUCUCUAUGGGCGCCUAUCUCUAUGGGCGCCUAUCUCCAUGGGUGCCUAUCUCUAUGGGCGCCUAUCUCUAUGGGCGCCUAUCUCUAUGGGCGCCUAUCGCUAUGGGCGCCUGUCUCUAGGGGGGCGCCUAUCUCUAGGGGCGCCUAUCUCUAUGGGCACCUAUCUCUAUGGGUGCCUAUCUCUAUGGGCGCCUAUCUCUAUGGGCGCCUAUCUCUAUGGGCGCCUAUCUCUAUGGGCGCCUAUCUCUAUGCGCCUAUCUCUAGUGGCGCCUAUCUCUAGGGGCGCCUAUCUCUAUGGGCGCCUAUCUCUAAGGGCGCCUAUCUCUAUGGGCGCCUAUCUCUAUGGGUGCCUAUCUCUAUGGGCGCCUAUCUCUAUGGGCGCCUAUCUCUAUGGGCGCCUAUCUCUAGGGGCGGCUAUCUCUAUGGGCGCCUAUCUCUAUGGGCGCCUAUCUGGGCACCUAUCUCUAUGGGCGCCUAUCUCUAUGGGCGCCUAUCUCUAUGGGCGCCUAUCUCUUUGGGCGCCUAUCUAUUUGGGCGCCUAUCUCUAUGGGCGCAUAUCUCUAUGGGCGCCAAUCUCUAGGGGCACCUAUCUCUAUGGGCGCCUAUCUCUAUGGGCGCCUAUCUCUAUGGGCGCCUAUCUCUAUGGGCGCCUAUCUAUUUGGGCGCCUUUCUCUAUGGGCGCCUAUCUCUAUGGGCGCCUAUCUCUAGGGGCGCCUAUCUCUAGGGGCGCCUAUCUCUAG